AUGAAACUUUCACUCCUCCUUGCUGUCACUUCUUCCAUUUAUGCAGCCUCAGCGGCUGCCUUGUUCACACCAGCGGUGACUGUGAAGCUAGUCAUUGACGAUCUGGUCAAGUUCAGCACUCAGUUCACCAAAAUCACGGCGGAUGUCAACAAUUUCCCCCAAACGGGAGCUCAAGGAGCAAGCGCGAACGAGGUCGCAUUCCACGCUAACACGAUGGUUAACAACAACGAUGCAGCUAGGGAAGGACUCGUUCUCGCACAUGAUUACGCCCCAGGCCCCGGCCCUUGCCACCCGUUCCCAGGCGCCGUUGCAGAGGAUUGCCUCUCGCUCAUUAGCGAGAACCUCAACAACGAUACCGUGGUGCCCUGCAUCAACGGCCUCGCCACAUUAACCCAAGGCGAAUGCUCAAUUGUCACCACCUGCAAUAGCGCGAUUGCAGGCAAGGCAAAUGCCCCAAAGAACGGUAUUAUGCGGUAUCUUGCCGUCCGCCGCGCUUUGACUACUAUUGGUUCUUGCGCGUUGUCGGACUAUGGUUCCAUUUCGGGGUACUAUGUCGCUGACAAAGGUGUGAAGACUUGUUACCUCUAUCCUGGAAGGUGA